GUAGGCAGUGAAGAUGAAUAUCUCCAUCCAGGUGUCAUCUUCAGACAGCUAUCAUCCCGAGUCUGUGCUUAUCCCUGUCUUGUAUUCCCUUAUUUUCCUGGUGGGCACAGUGGGUAACAGCCUGGUCCUGGCAGUCCUGUUAAGAAAUGGCAAGAUAAAUAACACCACCAAUCUCUUCAUUUUGAACCUAGGAGUGGCAGACCUUUGCUUUAUCAUAUUCUGCGUGCCCUUUCAAGCCACCAUUUAUACCCUGGACAGUUGGGUAUUUGGCCCAUUUAUGUGCAAAGCUGUGCACUUUUUCAUCUAUCUCACCAUGUAUGCCUCCAGCUUCACCCUGACCACUGUGUCACUCGACAGGUACCUUGCUAUACGUUACCCAUUGCGUUCAAGAGAACUACGUACACCCAAGAAUGCUCUGAUGGCCAUCACCCUAAUCUGGAGCUUGUCAUUAACUUUCUCUGGACCUUAUCUCAGUUACUACCAGGAAUUUCAGCUGGUUAACCUUACUGUCUGCCACCCUGUUUGGCAAAUCUCUGAUCGUAAGACCAUGGAUCUUUGUACUUUUAUCUUCAGCUAUGUCAUCCCUGUGCUGGUUCUUAGUUUGACCUAUGCCCGCACCAUACGAUAUCUCUGGACUUCUGUAGACCCCAUUGAACACAUGUCUGAAUCGAAGAGGGCCAAGAGGAGGGUGACUCGUAUGAUCAUCAUCGUUGCUGUCUUGUUCUGCUUGUGUUGGCUUCCUCACCACCUCGUAAUUCUCUGCAUGUGGUUUGGAUAUUUCCCCCUUAAUAACUUCACCUACGCCCUACGUAUUCUCUCACACCUGGUAUCCUAUGCCAAUUCUUGUGUAAAUCCAGUGGUCUAUGCCUUAGUCUCCAAACACUUCCGGAAGGGAUUUCGUAAGAUAUUUCGCUGCUUGUUGUUACGCCAAAGGUCAGCCAAUAAGAUCCACGUGGUCCCUCGAGUCCAUGCAGGAGUCAGCACGUUAGAAGUGGCGUGUACAGAGGUGACUCAGUUAAGUGAAGGUGCAUUGCAUUGUUCUGCCUGUUGUCAUGAUCCUGGAAGCCCAUGGAAAGAGACAGAAAGAGUUGGAGAUAAGAGGUCCAGCGUUCAUCACAUUUAA